AACAACUUGUAUAUUUUUCAAUUGCCAACAAUGGCGGAGAAAUCAAAAUAUCGAACAGAAAGUUCAGUUUACUGGACAAAUAUAGCAAAAAAUUCUGCAGAUGAAGAUUCAGAUGCUUUUAUACCAGGGCUUUCCUCGGCUGGCAAUCGGCGACCAGGUCGGGUAAAAGGUCGCAAAACAAGGGAGGUCAAGGCCAAAGUUCCAAUUAAACAGCCACUGUCAAUUCUGGAGACAGUAACCAAUGAUACUGAUGGAAAGGAUGAUAACAAUGUGCCCAAUCAUGGCAGUACCAGCAGAUAUAAAGCUAAGAAGCCGACCCAUGACCCCAGUGUUCAGAAGAAUGUUUCCAUGACUACUGAGAGAGUGAUUCCUAAUGUACAGAGCGUCAAUGACAGCACUGUGUCCUCAAAAGCCUUUCAGAGUUUUGCUGAGAGCAGCAUCCACAGACUGAAGCAAGCCUCCCUGAAGGAUCUGAGACCAGAGGACAAACAGCGUGUGGCCAACCUUAUCAAAGAACUGGCGAGAGUAGGAGAUGAGAAGGAGAAGGUAGUGCAGGAGAUGAACGGUGAGCGAGAGCAGUACGAGAAACAGCUGAUGACUAUGGUGGAACAGCAGGAACGCAUACUGGCCGAGAGGGAAGACAUCCAGGAGAAGUUAUUUCAGUGCCAGAGGCUGCUCACCGAGUAUCAGGCCCAGCUGCUGAACAGGCAGGACAGGCUCAACACAACAAUAGCUGAGAUACAGGAGGCUCCAUUCAUCAGACAACAUCUCACAGAGAGACAACCCAGGACCAGGAUACCAGUCUACAAGCCAGCAAGUGAAAUCUGGGCCAAUCGAAACACAGAGGCAAACGAUUCCGUAACUGACCUUCUUCUGAAUAGCAAAGACCCCAGAGACUGUGUGAAACGACCUUUCACCUCUAUGAUUGACAAGGAAAUCGCUAGGGAAAGGUCAUUGAGCAGGGGGUCACAGGGCUCAAGUUGUUCAAGGUCAAAUAGGUCAAGAAGUGGGUCACCAUCGGAGGGUCGGCCAAAGUUUGCCUACCCAGAGAAGUUGGUCAGUUUAGGUCCUUUACACGAUCCAAUUGCAUCAAGUACACAUAAGUCAGUGGACAUUAAGGCACAGAUUUCAAAUUUCGAUCAAGAAAGUGUGAGGUCAUUGACGCGAGGUCAUGAAUAUGAAAAUGGUGGUCAGCUUAAAGAAAUUGGACAAAAUGACAGUGGUAAACAUGGUAGUAAAGUUGCAUUUACCGAUAAAGAUGAAUAUAAUGAUGAGGCAGAAAUGCACUCCCCAAAUUUAAAAUCAUCAUCUAAGCUUUUUAAUGACCCUGAUUAUGCCAAAUAUUACAAGAAGCUGUCACCAGGGGGUCGUAAAAGGGAACUGCUGAAACAGAGACAGGCAUUGCUGUUGGAACAAGAGAGAUUGAGAGAGGUGCUUGAAAAACAGGAAAGACAGUUGAAAGAGAGGCAAAGUGAGUACCAAAAAAGGCAAGAUUUGCAGAAGGAGAGAAUGGAAUUUUACCAAAAGGAUGGAAAAUUCCCAGCAUUUAAGUUGAACUUUGAUGAUGAAGGUCCUGGAAGAGAAUCGACCAAUGAGAGUGAAGCAGAGAGGUCCCAUGAGGAACAAGAAGGGAAAAGUGAUAUCAGUGAUGCAGAAAUAAAUGACAGAGGCUUAAAAAGGGGAAAUCAUGCUCCUCAAGACGAGGAGAAAGCCAGCUAUGAGAAAUAUAGCCCUAGAGGACAAGUAGAGAUAGUUGUAAGGCGUAAGACAACUUACAUUCCGGGAGACUUUUUUGGUACCUCUCCCCUGGCAACACCAACAAAGGUAACCAAGGCUACCUCACCACCCAGGAGUCCCUCAGACUCUAAUCCAAGUUCACAAAGGUCACAGGGGUCAACUAGCCAGAGGUCAACGGGGUCAGACGGUCCAAGACUGGUGGACGUAGCAACCAGUGUAUCUUACAGAACACCACUGAAAGAUGCUAGCAACAGACAGGGCAAUCUGACAUUGGCUGUAAACAGACAUAAAAGUAGUCCCCCCAAGAAAAAUAGUUCCCAACCAGAGAGCCUGUCAUCGGCACGUUCAGUUGGGGAGAAGACAAUGAACAUUUUAGAGAUUGUCAACUCCAUGGAGGAGGAAACUCCAACCCGAGUGCGCGGUUACUAUGACGAAUAUGAAAACAAGCCCAUGGGACCAGCUAGCAAGAAUGCUAAAACUAAAACAGGGUCCCAGUUUAGCACUCUGCGCCAGUAUACCAGUCCAGGUCAAACAAGAACCAGACCAGGCAAGCUUUUAGAAGACCCUGAGGAGUCAAUAGAAGAAAACAAGAUUCUAGAAGAUAUAUUUUUCCUGUAACCAGUCUAGCAUACAGGGUCUAUGUUAAGCAUACCAUACCAUUCCAGAUCAAACAAGAACCAGUCAGUAUAGCAGAAAAUAUGUUCAAGCAAUUUUUUGUGUUUUGGUGUAACCAGUUCACUUUGUUAAUGGUUAAGUCUGUGCUGUGUGAGUGGUGGGCAGGAUUUAUUGUUUAAAACGUUAAAUUGAAUAUGCAAUUGUCUGUGAUACUAUUGUGUUCUUGUCUGCUUUAAUAAUGGAACAAGUAGCAGGGGUGUUAUUUCCCAUUCUGUUAAUUGAUUGCCUCCAUUCAAAUGUGAUAUUGUUUGUGCAUUUUGUUAAAAGUGCUGAAUCUCAAAAAUCUUCAGAGAUUUUGUAAACACAGUAAUUAUUAUAAGAUAUUUUUCCCUAAUUGUUUUCUAAAAUCACAUUCCUGAUAUAGUUUCAAUCCCUCAGGCUGUACAUUUGAUCUACGGUGUGGGAAAACUGGUGUUAAUUCAUCUACAUAAAAGUGUGAUGCCAGAUUAGCCUUUGCAGUCCGCACACACCAAUCAGGGACAAUUUACACUGGAAUUUUCGUUUUCAAUGGACCUUUUUUAAACAAAAUAAUACCAUUUAAGAUGAAACUGUCUUCUCUGAUUAUCCUAUCGGGAUAAUGGGCAUUGCACAGGCUAAUCCAGGAUGACACUGUAUGCACAUGCAUAAAGGCCUGUUUACCCACAGCAAGGGUCAUAUUAAGCUAACAGAUAUUGUAUAUAAGUCAUGUAAGACUUCAAAAAAAUCAGAAAAUCCUAGUAUACAUUAAUUGCCUAAACAUUAUAAAUAUAGAUUGUAGAUGUAGAGGAUGUAUGGAUAGAUGGAUUUGUUGGAAUAAUGAUUUUAAUUCACCCUUGAUCACAUAAAUAUAUAAUAAUAAUAAUAUAUUUUUCUAUAAUCACUGGUAAUAUUGCAUCAAAUACAACAAAUCUUCUUUUAUAUUUUAUUCAUACAAAUGAUUAUAUUUGUAUUUUUUCAAAAAUUAGUUCUGGUAAAAUAAUAAAAUUAUCAAUGAUGUUUAUUGUUAAUUUUCACUGUUUGAAACAGUGAAUUAUCAGUUUUAAUUCACUGAUAUUUCUCAAUAAACUCUGGAAGGCAUAAAAUAAACCAAAUGAGUCAGUGAUUGGAUAUAUCAUAAUAACUUAAUAACUGCACUGGUAACUGAUGUAUUGGGUUGGUAUAUAUGGAACAUUUAUGGAGGUAAAUAUUGAACUCAAAAACAAAUAUGUGAACAAAUACCUGAACUCGGGUUGGUGUUUCUAAAGCAUCAUGAGUUUUGUUGUUAGCAUUUACUUGAUAUUUUUCCAUUCAUAAAGUAAGUGAAAGGCUUUAGGUAAGACACUGUCUACCCGUACAUGCAAUAGUAUAUUGUAUUGUCUAUGACUCCAUACAUUUAUUGGUAAUAAAACUACAUUUGAUGCAUUCCAUCGACAUGGCGUUGAUACUUAGAGAUACUUUCGUUUACCACAUUACAUAGACAUGUAGUAUCUUGUUCUUACUUUGAAAUUAUUAUGCAUACAGUUGAUGUUUUUCUGUCCAACUUGAUAUUAUUUAUGUACGUAUACAAUAAAUAGUGUUAUUGCAUAUAAUUAAUUUUUCAGUUGAUAUGUGGAGUAACACAAUGUAGAUGUAUAUAAGAGAGUUAGAUAUUUAUAAAAGAAACGAAAUUUGUAA